UGUUUGGCGAAAACUGUGCACAUACGCCUGGAAAAAAUCCUGAGAAUCUUGUGGCCCAACACCCUUGUCAUAAAGACAGCGAGGAAGUGGAGGUGGAUUGGGCACAUGCUUAAGGAAGAACCUAGUAACAUCACCCGCAUAACCCUACUCUGGACACCAGAAGGCAAGGGCAAGAGAGGCAGACAAAAAACACUGGGUGGUAAACAGUAGAGGAUGCGAUGAAGACUCUGAACCACACCUAGGGUAGGACUCAGAAGCUGGAGGACUUUUGUUGCUGCCUUUCAUGCCAGCAUGCGUAGCGGGCAGUAAACAUACCUCCAAAUGUUGUCCAUAAACAAAGGGAGUACAAGGUCAGGGUCGUAUUUGACUGCUUAGCAAGAUUCAAGAUUCAUCCAUUAGAUGGACCUGACCUAUAUAACAAUUGACAGGUAAGUACAACUUACAGAUGUCUUUAUGUUAAAACUUGCAAUGUUGAAGUAGAUGUUUCAUCAGUUUAAAGUAAGUGUAGCCGACAAGUAAUAUUUGCGAUUACAUUGGUGGCCUAAUAAUGAUGUUAAGUAACAGUUCAAGGAGAACAGGAUAAAGGUGCAUAUGUUUGGGGCAAGGUCCUUGCUGGCUUGUGCUGGGUACAGCUUUUUACAUACGGCUAAUGAAGAGAAAUAAGCAUAGUCAUCAUCCAUCAUCUUAACAAAUACAUUGUAAAUGAUCACAAACUUCUUAAAUCAGUACCAGAUAAAGAGAACAUGAGACAUCAUCUUGGUUCUAUCAUCACAAAGACUUCCCAUGGACAGAGCCCUUGGUAUGCUAUGGUCUGUAGGGUUAGACUGCUUUGGUUUUCCUAACGUGCUAAAGGACCAGUCCUUAACUACAAGGAGGGUAUUUGCGAUGGUCUUUAGAGCAAAGAAAGUGUUACUGGCAACCUUUAGUAGAGAUGUCGGCUGGUAUGAACCUCGACCUAAAGAGAUUUUGCCAAGGUGAGAAUGAUGGGAACGUGAUCUUCUAUGCCUGAAACAUUUACAAAUUCCAAGAUGCUUUGAGGCAAAGACGAUGAGCCACAAGAAGACCUAUGAAUUUCACAUUUUUGCUGAUGCAAGCACGUUUGGAUGCAUACAAUGUUUCCACCUUACAGUGCAAAAUUAAGACGAAAACAUGCAUACCUUAUUAGUGAUGGGAGUUCUGGUGUCGCUUCAUUAAAGAUAACUACUUUUGGCGGUUCACAGUUAACAAGGAAAUAAGGUACUGAGGAGGUAUACAGUGAUAUUGUCUCGCAUGAUUCCCCAAGCAGUACACAUAGAGUAUUUAGACGACUUGACAACCAAUGCUUUCAUCCGUGCCUUAAGAUGCGUGACAGAUCUAACCAACACUCAAAGCUUGUAGGAGAAAGAGACGAACUUGCAAAUGCUAUGCGGAAGUUGGCAAUGACGGGAUCUAAUCAUAUUUGAGUACUAAUUGCUGCAAAUUCGUUCAUGAAUGUCCCUUAUUUCAGUCGCUGGGGAUGAUUAUGAUAAAGACAAUUUAAGAUUACUAGAUUCAUUGUUCUUAAUGAUUACAAGGGAAGAGUCAACUUGUCCUCACUGCUCGCCUUCUGGCAUGAAGUCGUUUCUAUAAUCAACAGUCUGCCGUUGACCAGUCAAUACCUGAAUGAUCCAAAGAAUGUAGAGGCUCUAUCUAAUUAUCAUGUUUUCUUCACGAAGAGGGACAGUCAGACACUUCCAUUUCCAGGAAAGUUCGCCAAAGAAGUUUAUGCCCAGAAACGAUGGCGAUAA